CUAAAAGACGAAGCUUGAGAGUUGAGAUUCACACCGCCUUAGUCACCGGCCGUCAUCUCUCUCGGCCCUCCUUCUUCAAGUUCAAUCGGAGAUUCUCUGAUCUUGAAUUUCAGAGAAAAGUAAGAAAGAAAGAAAGAAGUUAUGCAAAUGAAGUUACUCAAGACUCUAUAUGGUCGUCAUGAUUCACUUCUUCGAGCCAUCGGUGCUGGUGCUGGUGCUGGUCGCCGCAAUUUUGCAGCCGCCUCCACGGAAGAGUACUUGAAGAGGAAUUAUGCUAAAAAUAUUUCAGAGUAUAACAGUGUCAUUGGCUCUAUUAGUGCCCAACGAAGGCAUUACCUGUUGAGGGAUGUGUAUGAUGACUUGGUGCUGGAUGGGGUUAAACCUGAGAGAGAUACUUUCCAUGGAUUGAUAAUUGGAACAAUGAGAGGUUCUCGAUUGCAGGACGCCAUCUUUUUCAGAGACGAAAUGAAAGCCAUGGGUUUGGUUCUAGAUGUUUCUUUGUACAACUUUUUGAUCUCGACCUGUGGAAAAUGCAAUAAUUCUGAGCUGGCGAUUCGGAUUUUGGAGGAAAUGAAGAGAUAUGAAGUCAAACCUAAUGGGCAAACUUAUAUUUGUCUACUAAGCACAUGUGCUGCCUCGGGUCGACUAGAUCGUGUGCGUGCAAUUGUUCGGGAUAUGACAGCAGCUGGACUUGGUUUGAAUAAGUUCUGCUAUGCAGGCCUCAUAACUGCACAUAAGAACAAUAUUCCCACGAAUGAUGAUGCGGCUUCAAAAAUAAUUGAACUUGUGGAGCAGUCCAAGGGCUGGUCCUCUGUCGAAGCAUCAAAAGACGCUGCUGAAAAUCUUAUGAUGGGCAUAUCUGAGGAAGAGUUGUACAAUCUUCCAACGGCAGAAUAUGUCUACAAGCGUGGUGGCUUCUUAAAUAGGCAGUUAACUGUGUAUCAUGCUGCUUUUGUUGCUUGUGCGGACCUUAGGAACAUAGAGGCAAUGGAAACACUCCUAGAUAUGCUUCAGAAGGAUGGAAAAGCUCCUGACAACUUUAUUCUGAUGCAAAUUAUGAGGUGCUAUCUUCGGUGUGGAGACCUUGAUCGUGGAAAGAAGACUUUUGAUGACUACAUGAAUUCGGGUAAACCAGUUGCGGUGGAGCUAUAUGUGUCACUUGCAGAGGGAGCUAUGCUGGGCCACACUCCAAAUGGAAUGAAACUUGCUCUUGAAACUUUGGAAAACAUGACUGCCAGGAACUUCUAUUUGAGUCCCAAAAUGGGAACUGAUCUUCUUCUUCUAGCGGCUGGCGAAAAGGAUGGUUAUUAUACCACCGCCAAUUAUAUAUGGGACCUGUUGCGAUCUCGUAAUGCCGUUCCUUCGUUUCCAGCUGUUGAAGCAUAUUACAAAGGCUUAAAAGAACGUGAUAUACCUGCUGAAGACGAAAGAAUAAUACAUGUUACUAAAACAUGGGAGGAUUUACGCAGAAGAUUUGGUCCAGGACGAUUUUAGCUUUCUGAAGACAGAUUGCUCAGCCUCAGCUUUAGCCUUAUUGAUUGACCAAUCAUGUCUCUUUUGAUAAACAGAUUUAAUUCAUCCGGUUCCAUGUCACACAAUCAAAUGUUUUAUAUUUUUCUACAAAAAUAAUAGUUUCUAGACACAGUCAAAUGUUGACAGACUGUCCUGAGAAUUGAGUAGAAGUUGCUCCACUUAUUGUGUUUCCUGAGAAUGGUAUUUUAUUUAAACUAAAUUGUUUCCAAAUAGUGCAUA